AUGUCGUUGGCAGGCAACGUUAAGCCACCCUGUGGCAAAUCCUCGUCCCAGGAACGCCCCUUCUCCCUUCCGAUUUUCAUUGGUGCUCCGUUGACAGUCGCUUCUGUACCGGAGGAAGGAGCGGAUGACUCUUCCUGGGAGGCCGGGCAGCGAUACCUCUUCGACAUCUCUUCCCUGGCGGAGGCGGACGAAGUGGUGGGGGCUGAACUGAGGAUCCUGCGGAAAGCCGCCGAAAACAGGAGCUUGGCUUCGUCCCCGGAAGGGAUGCUCCAUCGCCUGUUGCUCUCCACUUGCCCCGACCAAGCAGAAGGCCGGGAGCCGGGCCUUUUGGACUCCAGAGCCGGCGAUCUUCUGGGCUCCGGCGACGCCGCGGCGCCCCAGUGGGAGGUCUUCGAUGUCUGGGCAGCCUUGCGGCCCUGGGCCGAGCAGGCUGGCCGCCCCCAGCGCCCGCGCGCCCUCUGCUUCUGGCUACGGGUCGUCUCGGGCCAGUCCGGGCAGCUCUUACCCCCCCGGCAGCUGGGCUUCGGCCGGGAGCAACCAGCGCAGCCCCACGAGAGGGCCCUGCUGGUGGUGUUUUCCCGCACCAAGCGGAAGGACAACCUGUUCAAGGAGAUCCGCGAGAAGAUCCGGGCUCUGAGCGGUGGGUCCGAGCUCCUGCUGGGGUCCCACGAGCUGAGCCCAGGCGCCCUGGCCAAACAGAAACGGCGAAGGCGGCGGACGGCGCUGGCGGGCCGGGCCGCGGGCGGGCGAAGCCAGAGCAAAAAGGUGAAGAGCCGCUGCAGCCGCAAGGCGCUGCACGUCAACUUCAAGGAGCUGGGCUGGGACGACUGGAUCAUCGCGCCCCUGGAUUACGAGGCGUAUCACUGCGACGGCGUGUGCGACUUCCCGCUGCGCUCCCACUUGGAGCCGACCAACCACGCCAUCAUUCAGACGCUCAUGAACUCCAUGGACCCAGAGUCCACCCCGCCCAGCUGCUGUGUGCCUUCCAAGCUCAGCCCUAUCAGCAUCCUGUACAUCGACUCCGGCAACAACGUGGUUUACAAACAGUACGAGGACAUGGUGGUGGAGACUUGCGGUUGCAGGUAA